ACUAGCAAGUUUCAUCUGUUUGUUGAACUGUGGUAUUAUUACAGGUACUGAACAUGAACUCCAUCAGUGCUAUGUCUAAACUGUUUAUGAAUGCUUUACCUAGGAGGACCCUUCAGUUUCCUGGAGUGAAGCUGCAGGCAUUUGUAAGACAAUGUAGUACAUAUUAUCCAAUAGAUGAUACAAUGUUUGGUCUGACCGACGAACAACAGCAGCUACGUCAGACUGUUUUUCAGUUUGCACAGAAAGAACUUUCUCCUUUUGCCCAGGAUAUUGACAAAAAUAAUAGUUUUCCUCAGAUGAAGGAAUUUUGGAAAAAAUUGGGAGACUUGGGUUUAAUGGGAGUGACUGUCCCUGCUGAAGAUGGUGGCUUAGGUUCUGGCUACUUAGAGCACUGCAUUAUUGUUGAAGAACUGUCUCGAGCUUCUCCAGGCAUAUCUCUUAGUUAUGGUGCACAUUCAAACCUCUGUGUCAAUCAGAUAGCUAGAAAUGGGAACAAAGAACAGAAGAAAAAAUAUUUACCUAAGUUGAUUAGUGGAGAACAUAUUGGAGCUCUGGCUAUGAGUGAAGCUGGCUCUGGAUCUGAUGUUGUCUCCAUGAAAUUGAAAGCUGAAAAGAAAGGGGACUACUACAUACUAAAUGGCAACAAAUUUUGGAUUACAAAUGGGUCAGUAGCAGAUGUGCUGUUUGUGUAUGCCAAAACAAAUCCAAAAGCAGAAAAACAACAGCAUGGAAUUAGUGCCUUUAUUAUAGAAAAGGACAUGCCUGGUUUCAGUGUAGCCCAAACCUUGGACAAACUUGGAAUGAGAGGUUCCCCUACAGUGGAAUUGGUAUUUGAAGAUUGCAAAGUUCCUGCUGAAAACUUGGUGAAAGAAGUAAACAAAGGAGUGUAUGUUUUAAUGAAUGGAUUGGAUUAUGAACGACUCGUUUUGGCAGCAGGACCUGUUGGAAUAAUGCAGGCUUGCUGUGAUGUCACAUUUGAUUAUGUUCAUCAGAGAAAACAAUUUGGGAAGCGAAUUGGAGAGUUUCAGCUGAUCCAAGGGAAGCUAGCUGACAUGUACACAACUUUAAAUGCAUGUCGUUCCUACCUUUACAGCACUGCUAGGGCUGUAGACAAAGGUCAUAUUAGCUCUAAAGAUUGUGCAGGUGUUAUUCUUUACUGUGCAGAAAAAGCAACCCAGAUGGCAUUAGAUGCAAUACAGUGUUUAGGUGGCAAUGGUUACAUCAAUGACUAUCCAACAGGACGAUUGCUCAGAGAUGCCAAACUUUAUGAGAUUGGAGCAGGCACAAGUGAAAUCAGACGAUUGAUUAUUGGACGUGCUCUUAAUUCAGAAUAUUCCUAGGUUAUGUAUUAUUUAAGAUGUUGGAUAUGUUUAACACAAAGUUUCUGAAUAAUUAAUGGUUUCUGUGGUGAUAAUUAACAGCUAGGUGAUUACUGCAGUUCUAGUGACAGUUAGAAUAUUUGUUAAUUUUAGUAAAUUACUACAUAUUAACAGUUUUAACUUUCAGGUUUAAAAAUCAUAAAACAUCACAUCACACAAGAAACACAGAACUAAAAUGAAUAUUAAUCAACAAAGGAAAAAUCAUCUAAGAAUGAAACUUAACAUACUCAUGUUCUUGUCUCAGGCUUGAGUGAUCAAAAUUAACAGGGUAGCAGUUCAAUUUUCUACUUAGUUAAUUACAGAAAGCAACAUACAGGGUGAAGUAAAACUGACUAUACAGUUGUUUCAUUUAGAACCAUUAGUUAAUUGGUUUCAGUUAUCUUUGUAAUAUUUGCUUUAGUACCACAUGUAUAGUAAUUUUUGCUUCACCCUGUAUAAAUGAGAAAAUAAUCUAAAGAAAAAUGUAUGUUCUCAACCCACAACUAAUUUUUUUACAUUUUGAAUUUUCAUCAGCGGAAAUACAGUUCCACCCAAACCAGUUACAUUGCAAUCUCCUUGUUACAUCUACAUAUAAUAAUUGUUACUCCUACAGUUUUACCUUACCUGCUUAAGUUCACUUUAUCAAGUCUUGAUUUAUUGUUCAAAACUACCUUCCAUCUAUUUUUUCUGUGUUUCUGUUUUUAACUCUCAAAAAAUGGUAGGUGUUUCAUUUUUGAAUGAAGCAUUUUAGUUGUACUCUUAAAGGUGUACUACCCCUUAUCAAUUGUAAUAGUUCAAUACAAUAUGGCAGUAGUUAUGAUACUUGUCUCAUAAUCAUAUUUUUAUCAUUAAUUAAAAAUGUUAAGAAACUAUUUUCAUUAAAAGAUGAAUUAUACGUAUUCAUGAGAGUAUAAUACUCAGUUAAUGGGUGAUGAAGUUUGAACACAGUUUGGCAACAGAAUCUCCAGGCUCAUGUUAGUAACAAAUAUUCAAAAUAUUUGUAUUUUUUUUAUAGCUCAUUUGAUUGUUCAAGAAUGCACAUUCUAAAAGUUAUUGCAUCAUUUUAUAAAGUAUUUAUUCCGUAACUGCUUAGUUCUUUAGAACAGUGGUUCCCAGUUGGUGGUCCAUGAACAUGUUUGCUACUGGUUUUUAUACACACAAUGCUUGAAGAAAUUUCCUAUAAAUAGCCUAUAAAUACUUCUUAGUAAUAUAAAAGCAUAUUUUUGUUGUAAAUGUAUAUUCUGUGAUGUAUACACUAAUACAAAAAAUACUUAUUAGAGCUAUGAUUACACAGGAAGAACUUCUUGUUUGAUUAUGUAAAUGCACCAAAAUGUUUGAAUUUUUAUUACCUAGCAUGUUGGUGAUUAUUUUAGGUAUUUACUUCAUUAUGAAAGCAAGUCCUUGUAAAAAUUUUGGGGUAUUUUAUUUCCCUCCCCCCAAAGUUUUGAAAAUAUUAUUUAUUAGCUUUUUUAUGUGUUGAAUGUAACUGUCUAUAAGAAUAACAACCAGCAGGAUCCUACUCCCCUGAUAACCAAGUGUGAAAAAUUAAAAAAAUUGAUAAUGAACUAAGAACUUUGGAAGAAGAUUUGAAAAUGUGAGGAAAAUGUUUCCAAAAACGUAGAAAACAUUUUUAUAAAAGUUAAGGAUUGGAAUUAUUUAUAUAUACAUAAUCAUUCAAUUUGUGCAAGCUUUCAUGUUUUAAACCAACUGAAUUGUUUGUUCAUGAAGAUUAAUUUUUUAUUAUAGGCUAAGGUCAUGCUGAAUUUAAUUUUCUUUGCUCACAUCUUGAAAGCUAUGUAUGAAAUGUUGGAUGUAGAAUUUAAUAAAUGUUCUGCUGGAACAUUAUUUAACACAAAUGUAAAGUACUCGACCAUUCUUGGCAUUUGCAAGUGCACCAUAUGCCAGCAGUAACAAAGAGGAAGAUUGAAAUGGUUCUCAAAUUCCUAAGAAUGAGACAAAUAUUAGAUUAAGAGGUUCAUGAAUCCUUCAAGGGCAUACUUAUGAAUCCUUGAAAGUUUAAUGGUGUUCAGAAGUUGGGAAUUGAAAACGUAUCUUAUAGAGAGGCACAAGCCAAUUUAUAAUAUAGACAUAGAAAAUAACAUUUUUAAACAUACUUGAAACAUUCUUAACUCUUUUUUGUUAGGAAAAAAAUAUGUGCUCUUUAAUAAUAUGAUAUGUAAUCAACGUGACUGAGUGAAGGAGACCACUAAGUAAUGUAACCCUAAUUUAUGUACCUCUACAACUUCAAACGUUCAGAUCUCUUUGAAGAAUUCUGAUAUUCAUUGUGAGAAGACUUUGGUAGUUUUGUGAUCAACACAAAUAUUUAAUCUUAGAAAAUACUGCUAGUUAUUAUCAUUGCUUUUUAAGUUAUGGUAAGUGCUUCUGUAUUUGUUUACAUUACUUUGAAUAAAUUAUAAGUGGCUCCUUCUGUUUUUUUUUUCUGUGAUGUUUACAUAUUGACCCAUGAAUCUUAAAACUGUCAACAUCUUUUCCCAUGUUUCUUUGAUUUCACAUUUUACUGUAGAGACUGUUUAGACAUAAUCUUGGAUCCAUAUAUUCAGUUGUAGCUAAUUUGGCAGUAGUAAAUAGGAUUAUUUUGCUAUAUCAUUAAUCAGUGUUUGAUUUGGCAUUAUGGUAGGUUAGCAGAAAUAUCGAUAUACCUACCUAAAAUAAUUAAAAAGGUCAUAGAAAUGACAAAAAAAAUUGUAAAGAACUCAGAAAAAGAUUUACUAAAAGUGUAAUGAAUGCUGAAAUAUAUUUUAGCAAUACUAGCGAAUUUCCUUCUGGAAUUAAUAAGUGAAGGGAAAACAUUAUAUAUACUGAAUUAAGUCAUACAAGUGUAAAUAUUAUUUAACUACUAGGAGGAAUGGAACGUUAAAAUCUAACAAUGAAAGAGAGGGGGAAUUUAUAGGCACAAUUUCAAAAAAUUGUUAAAUAAAUCUUAAAACUAGUAAACUUGCAUGAAUUCAAAAUCAAAAGUACAUAGACAGAUUUAUAAAUUAGUUUUGUUGCCAAGUUGUAGAUAUGUAAAGUUAAUUUUUCUGAGAGCAAUGAGUGACAAAAUGAUAUUUACUGUUACCAUUGCCAAUAAUACUGAAGUGCUUAUUAGUCUUAGUUAUUAUAAAAAGGUUAUGUGUGGAAAUUCAUGUUUAAGAAUUAUUUUGGAGAAUAAAAUUGUCUUUGAAAGUU